UCACCCACGACCCCACCACAGGUCACUUACUGGGGUCAUCACCCAUGUAAAUAAGAUAAAUGAGUGAGCCGUCACGACUCCAGUCAGCUGAUUCACCACCUGACUGGUGUAUUGGGGUGUGUUGACGGGUCACCAGGUGUCUUAAGACUUGACCAAGUAGCCCGCUGGUCAGUGCACUCGGGUUACAAUCACAAGGGCCCGGGUUCGACCCCUGAGGUGGGACAGACGGUUGGGCAAGUUUUCUUUCACCUGAUGGCUCUGUUCACCUUGCAGUAAAUAUGUGCAUGGAAGUUAACAGUAGUGGGUUGCAGCCAUGGAAAGAACACUACAAUCAUGGUCUGCAGCAUCAUAUUCAUACAAGAAGACACAGAUUUUGAGACCGUAUUCUUCGACAGCGACAGACUCAUUGGUGGCAUCAGCGGAAAAUGCGAACACCACUUCAGGCCUAAUCUUAAGUGAUGCAUGCGUAGCCAGGUUGAAGGAAAUUUUAGAUGAUGAGAAGGCCUUUCUGAGGGUAAUUGUGGAAGGUGGAGGCUGUUCAGGAUUCCAAUACAAGUUCGAUUUAGACACAGAAAUUACAGAAAAUGACAAGGUGUUUGAACGAGAUGGGAAGCGUGUGGUCAUUGAUGAAAUUUCUCUAGACUUUGUGAGAGGUUCAACUAUUGAUUACCACACAGAGCUAAUACGUGCAGCAUUUAGAAUUUCAAACAAUCCUCAGGCGGAAUCUGGCUGUUCGUGUGGUGCCUCAUUUUCCAUCAAGCUUUAAAUGAGAAGCUUACAUUUACAAGCUUAAUACAAUAUCUAGGUACAAGGUACAGUAUUUGGUGAAAGAAAAAUAUGAUUUUCUGGCAGCCUUGUUUAUAAUCAUUUUUGUUGCCAACUAGAUAAUAUUUAUAAGAGGUCAAGAUGAUUUUCUAUCAACGUGAAUUGAUGUUAAACAAAAAUGUUUAUAUUGCUUCUCAUUUUCAUGGUGUACAAAGACCUCGGCCUGAUGAAAAGGAAAUAUUAACCACGCAUUGCACACGCUUACACUUCAGAAAAAUUUAAAUUUUCGGUAUCACACUUCAGAAAAAUUUAAAUUUUCGGUAAGGAAUUUUCACUAUACAGUACAGUACAAUAGAAUUUAGACUAUUUAAAACCUUGAGUUUUUGUCUAGAUUCAUUUGAGACUGCAAAAUAUUUUGCAGAUCUAUACAUAACUCAGUCAUUUAUUCCAAUCUUCAGUACUAUAGUACUAUACUAGCACACUGAUUGGGAAGAUAUUACACCCACUUUUAUUGUUCUAAUCUCGCUAAAGCUGUACAAUUGUUUAAAGUGUUCAGUAUUUUUUUUGUUUUUAUUCACUAUAUCACAAGAUGAUUAAACAAAUUUCUGUUUAUAUCUUUCAACAUUUUUGGGUUUUGUUGUAGAAUUUUUGUCUCUAGAAUGAAUUUAUACUUACAACUUUGUUGACAUUUGGUAAACAAUACUAGGUAGUUUUCCGGUAAUGAUUCUGUAUCAUGGAUUACAGCAAUAUUUUGUAUUUUUUUUUUUUUAAAGCAUUUUACCCUCUUAAAUGGCACUUAAUUCCCAGAAAUUACUAAAUAGAAAGUUUUACCUCUUGUAAGACACUAUAUUGAUAUAAGGAAUUUUCCCCAUUUUCUGGGAGGGACUCCUAGACUUUGAUGCCACUUAGCAUUACCCUUCCUAGCCACCAGACCUUGAGACCCUAUAUCUCUUACCUGGAAGCCAGGUCCAGAAUUGGGCUCUUUCCACAGGUCACAGAGCAAGAUUUAUAAAGUGUUUGUGGGAGGUAUUAAAAGAAAAAAUAGUUUUGUAUGAGAAUUUUGUUGUAUUGCACUGUACAUAUUUUGUUGUAAAUACCAUAUUUUAUUAAACAUAUUUUUUUUUAUA